UGUUCCUUGUGGGCUCAUAAAAGAUGUCUCCCAUAGAAAAACACCAAAUGAUGUUGUCGAGGUCCAUUCAUCCAAUAUUGAAACAGUCACAGAGAUGGAAAACCUCCAGCAUUUGCCCACCCCUUCCAUUUCUCUCACUGUGAAGACUAUGAGAGAGUUUGUCCACCAUGUGGAUGCAGUGAUUGAGAGGACUCACCAUGGUGGUGGAUUGCUCCUGUCUGGCAUAAUCUGCAUCAACAUCCUGAUCCUUGGCUGUGCUCUGGUCAGCAGCAGCGCCUUCAACAGCGUGGCCAUUACUGCUGUGCACCGGCAAAUCUUCCUCAUCAUUCUCCUCCUCCUCACUAUGUUGUGGAUGCUGUUUUACAUCAUCACCUCCCGAAAGGAUCAAGCAGUUUUGUUCAAAGACAGGCACGCCGGGCCUGUGUGGCUCCAAGCUGGACUUGUGCUGUUUGGCCUGCUUAGUUUCCUAAUGGACAUCUUCAAGAUUGUCAAUUAUGUUGGCUACCUUCACUGUGAUUCUGCAGUUAAAGUAGCCUUCCCUGUUGUGCAAGCUGUAUUUCUGUUUGUCCAGACUUACUUCCUAUGGAUUCAUGCAAAAGACUGUGUGCAGCUGCACACAAAUUUUACACGGUGCGGGCUUACUCUUACACUUUCAACUAACCUGCUCGUCUGGGUGGCAGCAGUGACCGAAGAAUCACUUCACCAUACUGAGAUUUAUGAUCUGAAUAUGAACAUCUCCUAUAAGUUUUACAAAGUCAGCUAUGGUGACAAGAAAUGUAAAUGCAGUCACUCAGUAUGUGACACCUUUGAAGAGGCAUUCUACUACCUGUACCCCUUCAACAUAGAAUACAGCCUCUUUGCUUCUGCUAUGACCUACGUCAUGUGGAAAAAUGUGGGUCGAAUCGUGGAGGAUCACAGCCACAACAAAGUUAAGUUCUGUCCAAAGGAGGUGUGUUUGGGACCUGUGAUGGGAAUCCUCCUGGUGGUGGCAGGAAUCGCAACACUUAUCUUGUACGAAGUCAAGAUACUAAAAGAAGACGGAGAGAAGAGAAAUGAGGCCCUGCUGAUUAAUUUUAUUAUGAAUAUAGUGAUAGUGAGCCUGAUGUCUCUCUCCACUGUUAUCGGCUGCAUUGUUUACAGGCUGGAUCACAGGGAACAUGUGUCGGAGAAAAACCCCACUCGCAGCCUGGAUGUGGGGCUGCUGGUGGGUGCUUCAAUGGGGCAGUUACUUAUCAGCUAUUUCACAAUUGUGGCUGUGAUGGCGACAGGAGCCAGAGGCUACCUGAAUGCACUCAACCUAACCUGGGCUGUGUUAACAGUGCUCCAGCUGGGUCUGCAGAAUUUUUUCAUCAUUGAAGGCCUCCAUCGGGAGCCCUUUCAUGUGAUUCAGGAAGCAGCUCUGCAAACUCAUGCCUGUGCUCCUCAAGAGCAUAGGCCUAGCUACUUCCUGACUUCAUGUCCUGAUAAGCCCAGUUGGAAGAGAAGAGUUCUGAAGGAAGUCUGUGCCUUUUUAUUGUUAGCUAACGUAAUACUGUGGAUCAUGCCUGCAUUUGGAGCUCGGCCACAGUUCGACCAUGCUUUCGAGAUAUACUUCUACAAAUACACAAUGUGGACUGCUAUUGUGAAUAUUGGACUUCCUUUUGGAAUAUUCUAUCGCAUGCACUCCGUCGCCAGUCUGUUUGAAGUGUACUUGAUUUCUUAGCUGGAGUUCUUUUUUGCAUGAAAAGUCAUUU